AUGGCCAUCGAGAUCCUUCCCCUCACAAAAGAGGACAUCCCCUCGGCCGUAGCAUGCAUACAGAAAGCGUUCGCCGACGACCCGUACUUUCACUGGGUAUUCAACAAUAAAUCCGGGUUCAACAUUCACCGCAACGCUGCCUCUCUUGCUGCACACUUCCUCUACGGCCUUUCCUGCAACGAGCCUAUUUUCGUGGCCAAAUACACCACCAACACCCCCAGAGACAAGAUUCCCACCGAUUCCCCCGUCGUCGGAGUCUGCUGGUGGUACAGCCCGCAACCCCCGUCCGAGCCUGUCCCCUGGUCCGUCUGGGCGCAAGACUGGAUCCUCUCCUUCCGCCAGCUGUACAAUAACAUCCGAUUCGGUGGCCGAGGUGGCCUUAAUGUCCGUCGUUACUGGCUCUGGAAAGCCCGACAACAGGAGACUCACGACCGAGUUUGGACUGAUCCCCGCGGCUACUACUUCUGCAACGUGAUCGCGGUCGACUCCUCGAUGCGAGGAAUGGGGCUGGGUCGGAAAUUGGUCGAGGUAGUUAGUCAACAAGCUGACCGAGAGGGCAUGCCUUGCUACUUGGAAAGUUCCAAGGGGUUCCCGAACCUGAUGAUCUAUGAGAAAUUGGGGUUUGAGAUGGUCAGUGAGAUUGAGUGUGUGGACGGCAAGGAUAAAUGCAAGGUAUGUGAGACUUUUCAGCUUUUGUUGGGUUUCUUAUGUCGCCGUGUGGGUGGGCUAAUGAGCACAGCUGUAUUGUAUGAUCCGUCAGCCAAAGAUAAAGGCGUAGAUGGGAUCGUAGAUGUAUGCCUUAUUAUCCAAAUAGCAUGCAACAUCCAUGUCUACUACUACCAUCCCUACAGUGAAAGGCGUUCAACUCCCAAGUAUAUCGACGCUAUUUGA